CCCAAUCCCAGGUCCAAUCCCUGUCCGCGUUCGUUCAGCGGUCCCCCUCCGAUCCCGAUCCCGACUCAGAGACAUGGACAACGAGAAAUCGGACGGCGCGAGCGCGAGCCACGUCGAGGACCACUCGCAACAGCUGAGCGACGGCGUGUACCACCAGAGCCGGCUCGGCCCCAAGGCGACGCGGAAGCACUUUUUCUCGCCGCUCGACCGCUCGUACGCCGAGGCCGUCAACCUGGACGCGGAGGGCGUCGAGUUCGAUCAGGCUGAGGAGCGACGCGUCCGGCGCAAGAUCGACCGCGUCGUGUUGCCUCUGAUUGUGGCCAGUUACAUAUGUGCGUGCUCCUCGGUCUUUUUGGACUCGUUGAUUGAGCCCGUGCAGUCAACCAAUUCGACCGCACCAACAUGUGAGAUCUGCGAUCCUUGCAGGCGUUUUGGCAUUGACCAUAACAGCGGAAACGCUCAUACGUUGACCGCUUUCAACAAGAACUUUGUAAGCCGGCUCCAUGUUGACGGGGACGUCUGCUCAAUAGCCUCCAGGGAAUGUGCGAUGAUCGAUGAUAAAUGCAUCGCACCCUCUGAUAGGCUGCAGUACGAACAACAACAAGUGGACGCUCGCGCUCAGCAUCUUCUACGUCGGAUACUGCCUCCUCGAGAUCCCGGCGAACAUUCUCCAGCGAUACAUCGGGGCCAAUCGGUUGUGAGCAUCCCUCAAGCCCACUCGCGUGUCCAAGCCAUGAGCCGUGACCUCGAGCGCAGCUUCUUCCUUGCGCUCAACUUCUGGGGCAUCGCGUCGCUUUCGGUCGUCUAUGCCAAGGGGUACGCCGGACUCCUCGUGCUUCGGGUGCUCAUGGGCAUCGGAGAGGCGGGAUACUACGCUGGGAUGAUCUACUACUUGUCUUUCUGGUACAAGAAGCACGAGCUUGCUAUGCGUAUCAGUCUCUGCAUGACCGGCACACUUCCGGGAGCUAUUGGUGGUCUGCUUGCUUUUGGUCUCGUCCGUGCCAAGACAUCGUUGUUGGAGGGCUGGCAAUUCUUGUUCUUGAUCGAGGCUAUUCCCACCAUUAUCAUGGCCUUCUCGAUCCUGCUGUUUCUGCCGUCGUUCCCCUUCUCGGCGUCGUUCCUGACCCCGCGCGAGCGUGCGAUUGCGCAGGCGCGGCUGAACCGGGACCACAAGCCCCAAUCGCACGGGGGGAUGACGGGCGUGGAGGGGCUCAAGGUGAUCAUGGCCGACCCCAACGCGUGGCUGUUCGUCCUGAUCUAUGCGAGCUUCAACGUGGGCGUGGCGACUGUUUCGUACUUUUUGCCCACGCUCAUCAAGAAUCUCGGCUUCACCGCUAUCAACGCCCAAGGGCUCACUGUCGCGCCGUACGCCGUGGGCUGGCUGAUGGUCGUCUUCCAAGCAUGGCACAGCGACCGGACCCACGAGCGCGGGUACCACAUCAUGGUCAGUUGCGCGGUGUCGUUCAUCGGCUACGUCAUCCUGGCGGGUGUGAUGAAGAAGAGCAUCGGCGCGGCGUACUUUGCGCUGUUCCUCGUCGUCGGCGCGAACUACAGUCUCUUCCCGCUCGUCAUGAGCUGGGCUGCGAAUGUGUUCUCGCCGACAUCUAAACGGGGCGUCGGCACCGCGUUCAUCGUGUCGGUCUCCAACUGUGUUUCGAUAGCGUCGCCGCAGAUCUACUUUGACCCGGAGGACUCGUUCCGCAAAGGGCACGCGAUUUCUGCUGGGAUGCUGGCACUGGCGUUCCUCGCGACGUUGAUCCUGCGCACGCGGCUCUCGGCGCUCAACAAGCGGAACCGGGCGGUGCAGGCUGGAGCCGAGGCGAAGCAGGAACGGGGUGUGGACGAGGAGAUCUGGGACACGGAUCCCCGUGCCGCCGCCGCUGCUGAUGCGUCAUUCACCGUCGACGACUUCGCGAACACGGCGCUGACGUGCCAGGAUUUCCCGAUUGGAUGGCAGGGGGGAGUCGGUGCGUGCGCUGCAUCCCUUGUUUCGCCUCGUAAUGCUCACCCGCAUCCCCGCACGCAGCGCCGUGGACAUUGCAUCCAGGCAGCGAACGAUUCGCAGGUGGCCGCCGACCUCGGCUCCUCCUCCAACGAGACGUCCUUCGACUGGACUGUCAAUGUCGAAGCAGGUACCACGGUGAUCGUGCAAGUGCAGGACGCGACGGGCGCCGCGGCUCUGUCGCAGCCGGUCACGAUCGGCGCUGGGUCCGAGGAUUGUACUUUGGGGAACCUGGGCGGGAGUUUGAGUCUGCCGUCGAGUGCGACUACGGUUGUGGAUGUGACUUCCAGCCCGGCUCAGACCCAGGCGACCUCCGUGACCGCCGCCGCCCCGGCCAGCGCUAACGCACCGCAGACUACCACCAGUCUGCUCUCGACCAGCACGAUUGCUGCUGCUACUACUGCUACUAAUGCCGCUGCCGGUGCUGCUAAUACAGCGCCUGCUGUCACGUCGACCGCAGCGACGGCCGACGCCGUCAUCAGCGUGUCCUCUGCCCCCGCCGGCAGCCCCAACCCGCCGCCGAACCCCAACGCCGCCGCCGGCACCGCCAGCCCAAACACCGCCGCGCAGGGGGCUCCGGCCACCGCCGGGAACGCGUCCCCGACCAGCGUCCUCGGACGGCCCACGGAGGCGACGACGAACGCUCCGCCGCCGGGAGCCGCACCCAGCCCCGCCCCCGGCCCCCCAAAUUCGACCGCUGGCCGAGCACCCGCGGGGACAUUGAGAGCCACCGCAGCAGCAGCAGCAUCGGGCCGCCCGACUCCCACCGGGUCCGUGUCUGGCUCUUCCCCAUCUUCAACAUCCUCGCCGUCGCCGCCGUCGCCGCAACAACCCGAAAAGGCCGCCGCCGCCCCCUCCACGCACCUCGGGCUUAUCCUGGGGCUGCUGAUCCCAGGCCUUCUCGUGCUGGCGCUGCUCCUCGGCUUCGUCCUCGUGCGGCUGAGACGCCAGCGGCGGCGGCGCGCUGCAGACCUCGAGCGCGGGGCGUGGGUGUUCCAGCAGCCGCCGACGGUGAUGCAGGAGGUGUGGGUGCAGCGGGACGAGCCGCAGCAGCGGGGAUUGUACGACAACGACGAGGACGAGGACGUCAAGCGCCCCGGGCCCUACUCAUACUCGACGUGA